ACUCAAACGACUCGGCAAAGGUGUCAAAACCGUAUUUUCUUCAAAUAAUAAUCGAAAGAAAAUACACCUUUUAGGGCUUACGUGGAUAAGAAACAUGAAAGUUUUACAAAUAUUGUUGAAGGUUGUUUCGUCAGUCAUAUUUCAGUCCGUUUUGUCACUAAUAACCCAGAGUUUAUAGCGAUGCGCGUUCCCGCGACGGGUCAUGCAAUUCUUGUCGGCAUGCGUUUCUCAGCAUAACACCCCUCGCUGUCUCUUGGUGUCGGCAGACCGUCUCUUCUGAAAGAAGGUUGGAAGUCAUAACAGUUUUCCUGCAGGACUCUAAUGAUGUCAGCAGUGUUAGUUGUUCACGGUGGUGCCUGGUCCAUACCAGAUGAGAUAGCCCCUGCCUCUGUUGAUGGGGUAAAAGCAGCAGCACGCCAUGGAUCUUCAGUCCUGAAAAGUGGAGGAAGUGCGCUGGAUGCUGUUGAGGCUGCUGUGAGGGCUUUGGAAGACAACCCCACUUUUAACGCAGGGUGUGGAGCAACACUAAAUAUUGAUGGAGAAGUGGAGCUGGAUGCCAUUAUUGUGGAUGGAAGGACUCUAGCCAGCGGGGCGGUGUCUUGUGUAAAAAACAUCGCUAACCCUGUGUCCCUGGCAAGAGCCGUCAUGGAGAAGACAUCCCACGUAAUGCUGACUGGCAAAGGUGCAAACCAGUUUGCAGAGAGCAUUGGCUUCAUCGCCAUUCCCACUGAUAAACUGGUGACAGAAUAUGAGAAGAAGCAAUGGGAAAAGCACAAGAAAUACCUUGCAGGAGUAAUGGAAGAAUUCAACACUAAAUGGACUCAUGAUACCGUUGGGGCGGUAGCUGUGGACUGUGCUGGGAAUGUUGCAUGUGCAACAUCAACUGGAGGCAUCAGGAAUAAAAUGGUUGGCAGAGUUGGAGAUUCUCCUGUGAUUGGCUGUGGAGGAUAUGCAGACAACUCAAGUGGUGCUGUAUCAUGUACUGGACAUGGAGAAUCUAUUCUUAAAGUGACUCUGGCCAGACUCAUCCUGUCUCAUGUCGAACAAGGAAAAUCAGUAGCAGAUGCCUCACGGUUGUCCCUGCAGUACAUGGGUGAUCGUGUCCAAGGAGCAGGUGGCACAAUUGUAGUUUCUCCGUCAGGGCAGUGGGCUGCAACAUUCACCACCGAGCGGAUGGCUUGGGCUGCUGCUGCAGACGGUGUGCUGUGGUUUGGCAUAAACCCAGAAGAGAGGCUGAAUGAGAAACUGUCCCAGUAGAAGAAGGGUUUUUUUUUAUUCUUUUUUUUUAUAGUAAAUGACAUGCAUUUCAAAAGUAGUGUGUUCUCUUUUAUAGAAGUGUUUUUCUUUCACUCGGUGCAUAUUAGUGAACAACUGACUAUAAUUAAAUAUGUGUACAAUAAUAAAAUAAAUGGAUUUGGUUUUAUUUCAGAAAUAUUAAUGGAAAGUAUGUUUAUGAUUGACUAAUGUAUUGAUUACUUAAUAUGCGUUUCAUAAAAUAUUCUCACACAUUAAGUUGUUUAUUGCCAAACACAUAUUUGACUCCAGUGCUAAUAAAACAUCUCUUGUAAAAUAGA